AUGAGUAGCGAAGAAAGACUUGUUACAGAAGUUCCAAGCAGUUUAAAACAAUUAGCACGUUUAGUAGUACGUGGAUUUUAUACUAUAGAAGAUGCUUUAAUUGUUGAUAUGUUAGUUAGAAAUCCGUGUAUGAAAGAAGAUGACAUUUGUGAACUUCUAAAAUUUGAACGUAAAAUGUUGAGAGCUAGAAUAUCUACAUUGCGUAAUGACAAGUUCAUACAAGUGAGAUUAAAAAUGGAAACAGGUUCAGAUGGGAAAGCACAAAAAGUCAACUAUUAUUUUAUUAAUUAUAAGACUUUUGUAAAUGUGGUAAAAUAUAAGUUAGACUUAAUGAGGAAAAGAAUGGAAACAGAGGAGCGAGAUGCUACCAGUAGGGCAAGUUUUAAAUGUACAAAUUGUUUAAAAACAUUUACUGAUCUUGAGGUAAACCAAUUAUUUGAUAUGACCACUGGUGAAUUUAGAUGUACCUAUUGUCGUGAGGUAGUAGAGGAAGAUCAGUCUGCCCUUCCAAAGAAAGAUUCAAGGCUGUUGUUAGCCAAAUUUAACGAACAAUUAGAACCUCUUUAUAUUUUAUUAAGGGAAGUAGAAGGUAUCAAAUUGGCUCCUGAAAUAUUAGAACCAGAACCAGUUGAUAUAAAUACCAUCAAGGGUAUUGAUACAAGAAAACCAAGUAGUCUACGAGCGCCUGGUGAACAGUGGUCUGGUGAAGCUACAAGAUCAUCAGGCUUCAUGGUAGAAGAUACCAGAGUAGAUGUUACAAUCGGUGAUGAAUCCGCCGACGAUAACGCGGCAAAUAAAAGAAAGGAAAGACCAAUUUGGAUGAUGGAAAGUACAGUCAUCAACUCUGACUCACAGCCCGAUGGAGUUAGCACGCAAGAGAAUAUUUUGGAUAAAGCUGCAGCCAAUGCCACUAAUACAACGACGACGAAUAAUAAACAGGGUGAAGAUAUUAUGUCUGUAUUGUUGGCUCAUGAAAAGAAGGGGGGAACUAAUGCUGCAGCUGCUAUAAAGUCUGUACUACCUCAAGAAUCUAGUGAUAGUAGUGAUAACGAAGAAGUUGCUGAAAUGCAGACGAUUGAUACAGGAGAAGUGGAAACAAUGGAUUCUGAAGAUGACGAUCUUGUACCAACAGUAACUGUUGCAGGAAAAACUGUUGCUAUUGCAGAUGUGAACGAUACAUUAAUUGCAGAGAUGACACCAGUGGAAAAGGAAGCGUAUAUUCAGGCAUAUCAAGAAUACUAUUCUCAUAUGUAUGACUAAACUCAAGACUGAAUA